AAUGUAAGUCACCAUUCAUUUAAACAUAUGUUUACUUAAUAUUUUUGAACGUGUGAUUGAGAGGAGAAACAGAGAUUCCUAAAAUAUAAUGUCGGGUACUGAUACUGAUGAAUUUAUGAGUGCCGAUGAAAAGGAAAAUUUAACAGAUGAUAAAGAAAAGGAAAUCAAUGAAAAGACACAUUUUACACCAAGUAACAUUGAAAAGAAAAUGAAUGAAAAGAAUAGUUCUAAUAUACCUUGUAAUUUAUCAGGAAAUUUAGAUAAAAGCAAGAAAAAAGCAGCUAAAUUGGAUGAAGGAGGAAUUGAAAAUAAAAACACUUCAAAUAAAAGACAUUUAAAGAAUAAAAAAUUUAACAAAAGCAAUAACAAUGAUACAGCUGAUAUAAUUGAUAUUUCAUCAAAUCAAGUAUCUAAAAAUGAUAAUAAUAUAGAUUCCAGUAGUAAUGAAAAUGUCAAAAAAUUAGAUUUUACCAAAGGAGAAGAAAUUAAUAAAAAUGAAAAAGCCUUGAAUGAAGGUAUAAAUAUGAAAGCCAAAUAUGAAAAGGUAACUAUUACUCAAAACAAAACUGAUCAUAUAAAUUCUACAGUUCCCGAAGAUAAUCAAUGCAUUUUAAAAGAUGAAGAAAAAGAUGUACCCACAGACAAAGGGAUAAAUGAUAGCCUUUCGAAUACAUUUGGCACUGAAACAUGCAAAUCUCAAGAGAAGAAAAAUUUAAUAGAAACCAAUCAAAACCUCUCAUCUGGAGGAGAUUCAUUUUUCAGUAUGUUCUCAGAGAUUUCAAAUCUGACUAAUCAUCUAUCCAAAAAUAUUAAUACAAUAUUAGAAUCUGUGGAGAAGACUAUGUCUAUUCCUUCACCAGAACUUCUAGCCCAAGAUUCAAAAAAUUUACCCAAUAUUGAUAAACCAGCGCAAGCGCAAACCAAGAAAGAAGCAACUUACUCGCUUCAAGAUAAACUAGCGCAAGCGCAGACCAAGAAAGAAGCAACUUACUCGCUUCAAGAUAAACCAGCACAAGUGCAGACCAAGAAAGAAGCAACUUAUACGCCCAGCUUCAUAUCAAACAUGGGUAAAAGAGUAUUUUCGCAUGGGAUAGAUGCCUUAGAAAUGCUCGGAAAGAAAACUCUGGAAGCCCUGGACAACACCGAAUCGCCUCAAACGACGUCGUCAUCGUCAAAUUUUAACGAAAAGAUCAAAUUGUUCGAGAGAGAUUAUUUCGGGAAUCAAACGCUCUCCCAAAUGCUCAAAGAGGUUUCGGUAUCGAAUGGCCCGUCAAAUAAUGCCAAAAAUUCCAAUGGACAUCCUGACCUGAGCUCCUAUUUCCAUAGUCCAACUUUGAUCGAAUUGAUGGAGAGUAGUCCAGACUUCGUUCAAUUUCAGGCCUUGGAGAUGCUGUCCAAGCAAUCUCUCCAGAAAUACAGCAAAUUAGCUACCAACAACAGUCCCUUCAUCGAAGAUGAAUUUGACGAAAUAUUGUCCCCGAGGAACGAAGAAGCAACGAUCCCACCCCAAGAUCUUAAAAAAUUUGAAGAAUUUAUCGAAAGAUUGACCGAAUUGAAUUCUAGUUUGUUCCCGAUUGACACCAUUGACAGCAUGUCUAAAAGCGUCGUUAACGUUUUCAAUAAACUGUUAGCGGCCAGCGUUCAAGUAGACCUGACCCUUAAACACCUAUCCAAGUGUCUAAUCGAAAACAAGGCAUCCUACGACUCUAUCCUACCAACGCACCAAGGACUUUCCUUGUUCUACAAAAUGGAUAUUUAUAUUCCCCUCUUAUCGUCGAUGUCGAAAUUGAUGGUCGUUCAAUUCGAAUACUUGCAUAAGGGCGGGCAAAUUUUGUUGUUGCUUCCGGUCGAUAGGUGCACGAAGGGAGAUGUCAUGUUGGGAAAAGCUAGAUCGCUGCAAAAAAUUGUGGCCACGUUUAAAGAAUUUCUACUGGAUUAUAAUACGAAAAUUAUGAUUGACAUAAAGGAGCAACGCGUGCCUGACAAUAAGGAGAUAUCUGACGUGAUAGAAAACGUAUUGAAGGAACAAUGUCAUAUAGCCUACGAUUACUUAGACAAAGCGUUGGGAUGGCUGACACCUAUACUCAAACUCAAAGCAUUGGAGAUAGAGCAUCUAAAUAAUAUUUAAAAAAAUUAUAUAUAUAUUGUUUUUUAUAUCAAUCCUCGCGGAGAAAAAAAAUAUUUGUCAUUUUUAA